AGUACUCCAUUAGCAAUGUGAAUCAGAAGGAAGGUUCCACAUAGUCCACAAUGACUACCAUUGACAGCUCCGCGCCUAUCCGUAAGGUGGUGCGGGUCCAGUUUGGUAUUCUCAGUCCAGAUGAAAUCCGUCAGAUGUCCGUGACUCCGGGCGGUAUUAGGUAUCCUGAGACUAUGGAGAAUGGGAGACCUAAAUUGUUUGGCCUUAUGGACCCUCGUCAAGGUGCGGUUGAUCGUUCAACAAUCUGCAAAACAUGUGCUGGAAACUUCCACGACUGUCCAGGUCACUUUGCGCACAUUGAGUUGGCAAAACCUGUCUUUCACAUUGGUUUUAUGAGUAAGACAGUGAGGGUCUUACGGUGUGUUUGUUUCUUUUGCAGUAAACUUCUUGUCAGUCCCGAAGAUCCUAAGAUGAAGGAGAUCUUGGUAAGAUCAAUUGGACAGCCCAAGAAACGGCUCUCCCAUGUCUACGAUUUGUGCAGAUUGCGCAGAAUCUGCGAGGGUGGCGACACUAUGGAUAAGAAGUUUGCUGGAGAUGAUAACAACGAAGAAGAAGAAACGAUCCAUCACGGUGGUUGUGGCCGAUUCCAGCCCAACAUCAGAAGAAUUGGGAUGGAAAUCACGGCAGAGUGGAAGAAAGUGAACGAGGAAACGCAGGAGAAGAAGAUCACACUGUCGGCAGAGAAAUGUCUGUCCAUCUUCAAAGGAAUCACAGACGAAGAGUGCAAAAUUUUAGGAAUGGAUCCAGCUUUUACCCGUCCCGACUGGAUGAUAAUCUCAGUCCUACCGGUCCCUCCGCUAGCAGUCAGACCUGCCAUCAUGAUGAACAGUUCCCAGAGGUGUCACGAUGAUAUUACUCAUCAGCUGGCUAGUAUUAUCAAGACAAACAGGAAACUGCAGGAGGAUGAGCAGAAUGGAGCUGCUCAGCAUAUUAUUGCUGAGAAUGUUAGACUUCUGCAGUUCUAUGUUUCCACGAUGGUAGACAACGAUAUCCCAAACUACGAAAAAGCAACUCAACGAAGUGGAAAAGUGCUCAAAGCUAUCAAGUCUCGGCUGAAGGGAAAAGAGGGGCGUGUCCGAGGAAACUUGAUGGGAAAACGAGUAGAUUUCUCCGCAAGAACUGUUAUUGGAGGAGAUGUUAACUUGAGAAUCGACGAGUUAGGAGUGCCGAGGAGUAUUGCUCAAAUCCUCUCCUGGCCAGAAAUGGUAACCCCCUUUAACAUUGAACGAUUGAGUGAACUGGUGAGACGAGGUACUGAUAACUACCCCGGUGCUAAAUACAUCAUCAGAGACAACGGUGAUAGGAUAGAUUUGAGGUACAACAAGAAAUCGAGCGACCUGCAUCUACAAGUAGGGUACACAGUAGAACGGCACAUGCAGGACGGGGACUUCGUAGUGUUCAACAGACAACCUACUCUCCAUAAAAUGAGUAUGAUGGGUCACAAGAUCAAAGUUCUACCCUGGUCCACACUAAGAUUCAACUUGAGUGUAACAACACCCUACAACGCUGAUUUCGAUGGAGAUGAAAUGAACGUACACGCGCCCCAGAGCAUGGAAGCGAAAGCGGAGAUAGCUGAAAUAAUGGCAGUACCACGUAACAUAGUAACACCGCAGAGUAACAGGCCUGUUAUGGGUGUGAUCCAGGAUGCUCUCUACGCUUGCAGAGCCCUAACGAGACGGGACGUGUUUAUAGAUAAAGAUGUCUUCAUGAACCUGCUCAUGUUCCUUCCUUCCUGGGACGGCAAACUACCCCAACCCUGCAUCUGCAAACCUAAACCUCUGUGGACUGGUAAGCAGCUGUUCUCCAUGAUAAUCCCGGGUCACGUGAACUUCAUGAGGAACACCUCUAACCACAAGCAAGACGAGAACAGCACACAGUUUAAGUGGAUAUCCAACGCGGAUACCAAGGUGAUAAUAGACAAAGGCGAGCUAUUAACCGGUAACCUCUGUAAAAACACUCUCGGGCAAAGAGGUGGCUCCCUGAUGCACAUCAUCUUCAACGAGCUGGGGAAAGAGGUGGCUGCUGACUUCUACUUUAAUAUUCAGACUGUGGUUAACAACUGGUUGGUCUACAGCGGUCACAGUAUUGGUAUUGGUGAUACUAUUGCUGAUAACGAUACAUACUCCGAGAUAACCAAAGCUAUCGACUACGCUAAGAAAGAAGUGAAUGACGUCAUCAAAAAAGCGCACAACAAUGAACUAGAACCCACCCCUGGUAACACACUGAGGGAAACCUUCGAGAACCAGGUGAACAAAGUUCUGAACGACGCUCGAGGAAAGACGGGUCGAACAGCCCUCGAGAGUUUGAACCACUUUAACGCCUUCAAAAACAUGGUCAUAGCUGGGUCUAAAGGUUCCAACAUUAACGUCUCACAGAUUAUCGCUUGCGUGGGACAGCAGAACGUAAACGGAAAGCGUAUUGCGUUCGGUUUCAAACAUCGUUCCCUACCCCAUUUCAUCAAAGAUGAUUACGGUCCUGCUAGCAGAGGGUUCGUGGAGAACUCCUAUCUUGCGGGGCUUGUUGCUAACGAGUUCUUCUUUCACGCUAUGGCUGGGCGAGAGGGUUUGAUUGAUACUGCUGUAAAGACAGCCGAGACAGGGUACAUCCAGCGUAGACUUGUUAAGAGUAUGGAGGCUUGUACUCUGAAGUAUGACGGUACUGUCAGAAGUGCUGGUAACCAGCUGAUCCAGCUGCUGUACGGUGAGGAUGGUAUGGACGGAGCUAAAGUUGAGUUCCAGAGUUUACCAACUUACACCGCUUCCGACUACGCGUUCGAGGACAGAUUUAAGUUUGACUACACGAAUGAGAAGAAACUGAAGCACGUGCUGCAGGAGCACAUUGUCAGAGACAUCCUCAUUAACACUGAUGUGGAGAGUCAGCUUCAGCAGGAGUGGGCUGUGUUGGAGCAGGACAGAGCGACUAUCCGGGAAAUCUUCCCGACCAGACUGAAGAGAGUGGUCCUUCCCGUACCGCUAGAGAGAUUGAUAGAAACCGCGCAACAUACCUUCAAGAUCAACAAGAAAACACCUUCAAACCUUCAUCCCCUCAAGGUGAUAGAAGAUGUAAGAAAGUUAGUGAAGCAGCUGAUCGUAGUAAAGGGAGACGACCACUUGUCCCUAACAGCGCAGUACAACUCCAACCUGCUCUUCUGCGUCUUGCUGCGCUCCACGCUGUGCACGGCGCGUAUCGCUAACGAGUUCCGCCUCUCAGAACAAGCGUUCGACUGGAUCCUGGGAGAAGUAAAGAACAAGUUCCUGACCGCGCAAGCCCAUCCUGGUGAGAUGGUGGGAGCGCUGGGUGCGCAGAGUAUCGGUGAACCUGCCACCCAGAUGACACUGAAUACUUUCCAUUUCGCUGGUGUCUCCGCCAAGAACGUUACUCUUGGUGUGCCCCGUUUGAAGGAGAUCAUUAAUGUGUCCAAGAAACCCAAGACACCCUCACUGACUAUCUUCUUGCAAGGACCCCCUGCACGUGACAUGGAGAAAGCUAAGGAAGUCUUGUGUAGACUAGAAUACACCACGCUUCGUCACGUGACAAGCAACACAGCCAUCUACUACGAUCCUAACCCGGAGAAAACAGUUAUUCCUGAGGACCAGGACUGGGUAAACGUUUACUACGAGAUGCCUGAUUUCGACGUGACCAACAUCGAGCCGUGGCUUCUCAGGAUCGAGCUGGACCACAAACGUAUGACGGAUAAGAAGAUGACGAUGGAGCAUAUCGCUGAGAAAAUAAACCUGGGAUUCGGGGACGAUUUGAACUGUAUAUUUAAUGAUGACAACAGUGAGAAACUGGUACUGAGGAUCAGAGUCAUGAACUCUGAGGGUCAGAAGGAGGUUGAUGAGGAGGAUACUGGGGUGGAGAAGAUGGACAGUACUCGAUUCCUGCAGUGUCUGGAGGCCAACAUGUUGAGUGAAAUGGCUCUCCAGGGUAUUGAGCAGAUUAGCAAGGGUUACAUGCAUCUGCCUAAAGAUGAAGGCAAGAAAAGAACCUACCUCACAGAAAAUGGAGAAUUUAGAAAAGUAGCAGAGUGGGUCCUGGAAACGGACGGUGUGAACCUGAUGAGGGUCCUCAGUGAGAAGAACGUAGAUCCCCUCAGAACCACAUCCAACGACAUCUGCGAGGUGUUCCAAGUCAUGGGUAUUGAGGCUUGCAGGAAAGCGCUGGAAUUCGAGCUGGCAAACGUCAUCGAGUUCGACAGCACUUACGUUAACUACCGGCAUUCGUCCCUGCUGUGCGAGGUCAUGUGUCAGAAGGGCCAUCUGAUGGCUAUCACCCGACAUGGUGUUAACAGACAGGACACCGGUCCGCUCUCCAAGUGUUCCUUUGAGGAGACUGUGGAUAUUCUGAUGGAAGCAGCAGCGCACGGUGAGAAUGACUGGAUGGACGGUGUCAGUGAGAAUAUAAUCCUCGGACAAGUUGCCAAAGUUGGUACUGGAACAUUCGAUUUGUUGUUGGACGUCGACAAAUGCAAGUACGGUAUGGAGAUACAUUCUAAUCUUGGACCCGGUGGUAUGAUGGGAAUGAUGAACUUUGGAGCUCAUGCUGGAUCCCCCAGUGAUGUAACAACACCAAGGAUGACACCUUGGGGCGAGUCUCCGUCGUACGGUGAGGAUGCCUUCAACAACCCUCUCUCCAUAUCAGGCAUGACACCAGCUGCUGUCUUCUCCCCCGCCCCGAUGAGCGAGUAUGGUGGAGGCAUGUCACCUGGUAUGUCACCUGGUCGCUACUCUCCCUGGUCACCUGGCAGCUCAGCAGGAAGUAGUGUUAGUCCGGGGUACUCUCUCCAGUACCCACAAUCCCCCGCCGCUGGCAGCUCCAGCUACUCACCUGCCUCACCCUCCUACAUCCCUGCCUCACCCUCCGCUGCGAGCUCCUCCCCGGCCUACUCACCUAGCUCCCCUGGUUACACUCCCUCCUCACCACGACAUGGCUACUCACCAUCCUCUCCAGCCUACACUCCUACCAGUCCUGGUUAUAGUCCAUCUUCUCCCGGAUACAGUCCAACUAGUCCUGGGUUCAAUGCGGGCGCUAGCAGUCCCGGUAGUGGUGGAUUUAGUCCUAAAUCUCCUGGCUACAGUCCUACGAGCCCGAGUUACGCAUCAAGGAAGCAUUCACCAUCUGAUCUCCGAUACUCUCCUACUUCACCAUCCUACUCUCCCACCUCCCCAUCCUACAGUCCUACAUCCCCGUCCUACAGUCCUACCAGCCCAUCCUACAGUCCAAGUAGUCCGAGAUACAGCCCUUCAUCCCCUGGACGCUCCAGCUUCAGUGGAGGAGCCAGUCCAAACUACUCUCCUACCUCCCCUAGCUACUCUCCAACUUCUCCAUCUUACUCUCCCACCUCCCCAUCCUACAGUCCUACAUCCCCGUCCUACAGUCCUACCAGUCCAUCCUACAGUCCUACCAGUCCAUCCUACAGUCCUACUUCUCCAUCCUACUCACCAACAUCUCCAUCCUACAGUCCUACUUCUCCUAGCUAUAGUCCUACUUCACCGGGAUACAGUCCAACUAGCCCUGCUCUUUCUAGGAAGUCGCCAGCCUACUCUCCCACUUCCCCAUCCUACAGUCCUACCUCUCCCACCUACUCUCCCAACUCACCAGGACAGAGUCCAGCCUAUAACAGGGGCAGGGACUCUCCUAAAUACAGCCCUAACUCUCCCAGCUACUCCCCCACGUCUCCAGCCUACUCACCAGCCUCCCCCAAGAACACCCCCAGCUACAGCCCUGCUAGUCCUACUCCGCACUACUCUCCAACCAGUCCUGCUUACAGUCCUACUAGCCCUGCUCUGUCUCCUAGCUACAGCCCGACCUCACCUGCUUACAGCGCUGGAGACAGUCCUUCCUACAACUACGGAGGUUCUGCAAGUCCAGCUUACAGUCCAACUAGUCCUGCUAUUAAUACUAAAUACGGAGGAGUAAGUCCCAGCUACUCCCCAACUUCCCCGGCUAUGGGUGCUGACGACGCCUCCCCGGCCUACUCUCCCAGCUCACCUGGUGACCAGUCUCCCUCACCUGAUGCCGGCUACUCUCCUAGUUUCAGAGAGGAGACCAGUCCUGCUGCUGCUUACAGUCCUAGUACUCCUGCGUACUCCCCUGCUAGUCCAGCCUACUCUCCUACAACACCGCGGUACAGCCCCGCCUCCCCCAGGUACUCCCCAACCUCCCCCCGCUACUCCCCCACCACUCCCUCAUACUCUCCCGCUUCUCCCAAAUACUCCCCUGGUGCUGAAGACGAAGAUGGGGCCGGAAGUAGGAGCCCCCGAUAUUCUCCCACUACUGAUACUCCUAAAUAUAGUCCUACUGAUCAUCUCUCUCCUGCUUCUCCUAGAUAUAGUCCGACUGAAGACGUAUCUCCUGGACCGAGAUAUAGUCCUACUGAUACCAUCCAAUCAACAAGUCCCGCUGCUGCCCGGUACAGCCCAACAGAGACAAUACAAUCUACCAGUCCCGCUGGACUGACCUCCGCAAGAUAUAGUCCGACAGAUACUAUACAGUCCACUAGUCCUCAACUUCCAAGAUACUCUCCCACUGAUUCCGUCCAGUCUACUAGCCCAGUCCUACCCAAAUACUCUCCUACUGACCCAGUGGAGUCAACAAGUCCUGAUGCUCGGUCAGUUUACUCGCCUUCAGAGAGGCUUGAUACCAUCAGUCAGCCAAGAUACUCUCCGACGGAGAUGCUGGACACAGUCAGUCCUCAGAGCCCUAGUCCACCUGAUUCUGAUGACGAGAGCGACUGAGAUAAGAGUUAUCUAGGUAUGAACUGACAUGUUGGAGUGAAAUCACGAUUUAUGACGUCACGCUUCGAUUUGUGACGUCAUGUUCAGUGACCUUGAGAUGGGGUGACGUCACGUUAUUAUGGGUAAUGGGUUGUAGACAUUGAGCAUGCCAUCUACUAGGGCUUAACUGAAUUUAUGUUAUAGCCUAGAGGAAGGGCUACUCAUAACUAUCGAUUUAGGCUUGAAUAAUCAAAGACUGAUUAUUUAAUUUUAUCUGAUGGCUUCUCGCAGAAAGUCACAAAAUCACGGCACUUUAAAUAGUUGCGACCACUAGAAUUUCAAUGGUAGCUUGAAUGUACCUUCAUUUGGCAGAGCUAAGUAAGUGCCUUUGUCGUGCAUGAUUUUUACGGUUAUUUCUUGCUUUUUUAUUAGAAAAGAUUAAAUUAUGUUGGGCAGAAGCUUGAUAGCUAAAUUGCUAUAGGUAGAAACCCAGUCUCAUGGGUAUUUUUUAAAUUCUAAUUUAAAUGAAAUAAGCUUCAUUUCUUCCCGAUUUGAAGCUAUCCUACUAAUUAUAAUGUGCCUACAGCAGGUAUAAAAUUAGCUAUUUAGCUAUCACAGAUUUGUACGUAAAUUAUUUUAUG